AUGGCGUUGUACAUGUUACAGCUUUCGGUUUGCCUCUACUGGAGCCCGCCAGGAUUCCCUGUGUUUCCCCGCCAGUAUUCCCUGUGUUUCAGGACAGUGCUGAAGAUGCAAGCUUCCACAGUAAGUCCUGUGACCAGCUCUGCUACAACUAUAUACAACACCACCAUUACUACCAAGUCCACACAACAAAUACUUAUCCAAAGUUCGGGUGCCAUGAUCGCUAUUAUUGUCAUCGGCAUCGUUAUCAUUCUUGCAAUACUCCUCAUUAUCCUGAAGACAUACAACAGGAGGACUCACGCGGCGCGGGUCCUCGCCGGGAGUUCCGGCAAAACAACACGGAAACACACGUCAUCGGCACUGCCGAUGACCCACGUCCACGAGAGCUCCGCUCGGGGAUCCUUCGUCCAGUCGCCCGCGUCGUCGGAGAACGGACCCCCGCGUGCUGAUUUGGGGGACCCCCGCGAGCAGCUCAGCGCGAACGGUGGUUCCGCCCUGGUCACGAUACACGCGCCGUCUGUCGAAAACACAUAGCGUGUCCCCGGCCACUUCAGCGGACUGUACGCGCGAGAUGACGUCGCGUGAAGACAAGGUACAACGGACCAAAAAAAACCAAAAAAAAAACCAAAGAAAAAAAAAGCAUCGGAUUAAGGCCAGCACGCGCGCGCAAAAAAACAACAACAAAACAAAAAAAACACGCGCACCUGGUCCAACAGUGCCCUCGUGGGAAGGCGCGCGCUGUAGACCGGUGGGGAAGCUCGAGCCCGGAGACAGCCGGUCACGUGUUGGGGGACCUCGCGUGACAUGGCAACGGAGACUUCUCGCCUUAAAAAGAACCCUCGAGAUAUGGCACGAGACUGAGUGCGUGCCGCGUUGGUGACUGUGUGCGCGUUUGAACGUUUCUGUCAUGUACUGAUUUGUAAACAUGAUUUCUUUUAGCGUCAGCUCCAGCUCGGGCUCAUCCUGCCUUUUAUAUGGUCAUAUGCGCUUUUAAACAGCGCCCUCUGCUGGACAAACCCGUCCUUACGCAUUUUUUAACAAACAAAAAAACUUCCAGGUUAAAUUUCAAAGAGGUUUAUUCACAAAAUAGAUGCAUAACAAAAAAAUACAGCAGCACUUGUUCAUAUAAAAGGUCUCUUUGUAUGUGAAAAAUAACUUUUAGAGAACACAGUCGUGCUGCCAGCUUUGCUCUACUCUAGUGCAACGUUAACAUGAAGCCACGCGGGUCUGAGACCACCUCUGACCUCACCGAAGUCUGCGCGCAAGUAGCCUAAACACAAAAACACUUAGAAAUAAAGGAAACUGAGUGCAAACGUU